UUGUUGUUGUAUAAACCCUAAAGAAAUCUUGAACGCACUCUCGUUCCUGCAGCCUCGCUCCUGCUCCCGUGCUUCUCUCGUUUCUGUUUGUAAAAGGAAAUAUGCCUCCAAAGGCUGCGAAAUCGAAGGAAGCACCCGUAGAAAGGCCAAUCCUUGGUCGUUUUUCAUCGCAUCUGAAGAUUGGGAUCGUGGGAUUGCCGAAUGUAGGGAAAUCCACUCUCUUCAACACUCUCACUAAGCUGUCGAUUCCUGCUGAGAACUUUCCGUUUUGUACCAUUGAACCUAAUGAAGCUCGUGUCAAUAUUCCUGAUGAGCGUUUUGAAUGGCUUUGUCAGCUAUUCAAGCCAAAGAGUGAGAUCUCUGCAUUCUUAGAGAUACAUGACAUUGCUGGAUUGGUUAAAGGUGCUCAUGAAGGACAAGGGCUUGGAAACAAUUUCUUAUCUCACAUUCGUGCAGUUGAUGGGAUAUUCCAUGUUUUACGUGCAUUUGAAGACCCGGAUAUUAUACAUGUUGAUGACAUUGUGGAUCCUGUAAGAGAUUUAGAGGUUAUAACUGCAGAAUUACGGCUGAAGGAUAUUGAGUUCAUAAAAAGAACAAUUGAAGAUCUUGAAAAGAGCAUGAAGAGGAGCAACGACAAGCAGUUAAAAAUAGAACUUGAAUUGUGUUUGAAGGUGAAAACAUGGCUGGAGAGUGAAAAAGACAUCCGUUUGGGGGAGUGGAAAGCUGCUGAAAUUGAAAUACUGAAUACCUUUCAGUUGCUCACUGCAAAACCUGUUGUUUAUCUGGUGAAUAUGAAUGAAAAAGAUUAUCAGAGAAAAAAGAACAAGUUUCUUCCCAAGAUUCAUGCUUGGGUGCAAGAGCAUGGGGGCGAGACAAUUAUUCCUUUCAGUUGUUCUUUGGAACGGAAUCUUGCUGAUCUUCCAGAUGAUGAAGCAGCAAAAUACUGUGAGGAGAACAAGAUUCAAAGUGCUCUUCCAAAGAUAAUAAAGACUGGAUUUUCUGCCAUUAACCUUAUCUACUUCUUCACUGCUGGACCUGAUGAGGUGAAAUGCUGGCAAAUUCGGAGGCAAACAAAGGCACCUCAAGCUGCAGGAGCAAUUCAUACUGAUUUUGAAAGAGGGUUUAUCUGUGCAGAGGUAAUGAAGUUUGAGGAUCUUAAAGAGUUGGGAAGCGAGUCUGCUGUUAAGGCUGCUGGGAAGUACAAGCAAGAGGGAAAGACUUAUGUGGUUCAGGAUGGUGAUAUUAUAUUUUUCAAAUUUAAUGUCUCUGGUGGUGGGAAGAAGUAAGAGAGAGAGAGAGAGAGGUAUUAUUAUACUCUGCAUGUUUCUCUGAUUUAAACAACCAAACAACCAAACUCUGUAUCUGAGAGAGAGUCUUUAGGGAAAGAGGUUUUUUUUUUGGUGCUACUGUGUUUGUUCCUUUGACAUAAGUUGUAAUCCUUUGUUUUGAAGAUGACUGAAUGAAUAUUUGUAUGAAAUAGAGAAUUGAGAGAUGCAUGUCAUGCCAUCUAAUCAUCAAAUGAGGAGUUUCUAUUUUUA